AUGGAGAACUAUCCUCCGGGGAUGGCUGAUGAUGCGUCAGUGGUGGAGCUGGAUGAUCACACGACAGAUGCGCUCGGUAGGGCUAGACCGCGCCGACAUGAUGACGAAGAUGAGGGAUCCGAUAUCCUAGAAGAUGACGACUUGGAAAGCACGGUCGGUGGCCCUGCUAAUGGAAACCGUAAAGGCCAUAGACAUGCGGAGGAAGAAAAAGAGCUCCCUGCUCAUGCAUGUGCUUACUGUGGUAUCCACAACCCUAGCAGUGUUGUGAAAUGUCUUUCCUGCAAUAAAUGGUUCUGCAGCGCCCGUGGCAAUACCUCGUCCUCGCAUAUUGUCAAUCAUCUCGUGAGAGCCCGCCACAAGGAGGUUCAGCUGCACCCAGCCUCAUCUCUUGGUGAUACUAUCUUGGAGUGCUACAAUUGCGGUACUAAGAAUGUUUUCCUGCUCGGCUUUAUACCUGCGAAAUCCGACACCGUGGUGGUUCUUCUGUGCCGACAGCCAUGUGCGGCCAUGCCAUCUUCUAAGGACAUGAACUGGGAUACCUCUCGCUGGCAGCCCCUUAUUGAGGACCGCUCAUUUUUGUCAUGGCUUGUGGGCUCUCCCACUGACCAGGAGCAGCUCCGCGCUCGCCAUCUCAGUCCUCAGUUGAUCGCCAAGUUGGAGGAAAUGUGGAAGGAAAACUCCCAGGCAACUUUGGAGGAUCUGGAGAAAUCUACCGCUGUCGAUGAUGAACCAGCGCCGGUUCUUUUGCGCUACGACGAUGCAUACCAGUACCAGAACAUUUUUGGCCCACUAGUGAAAAUCGAAGCCGACUACGACCGCAAACUCAAGGAAUCCCAGUCACAGGAUGGUCUUAUUGUGCGUUGGGAUCUCGGUCUCAACAACAAGCAUCUUGCAAGUUUCGUUCUGCCGAAACUCGAACUCGGUGAUGUUAAGCUAGCUGUUGGCGACGAGAUGCGAUUGAAAUACACUGGUGAACUUCGGUCCAAGUGGGAGGGUGUUGGCUAUGUUAUCAAGAUCCCGAACAACCAGUCUGAUGAGGUUACGAUUGAGUUGCGUUCCAAGGGUGAUCAUAAAUCCGUGCCCACAGAGUGCACACACAACUUCACCGCGGACUACGUGUGGAAAUCGACGUCUUUUGAUCGUAUGCAACUCGCCAUGAAGACAUUUGCCGUGGACGAAAUGAGUGUCUCUGGCUAUAUUUUCCACCGCCUUCUUGGUCAUGAAGUUGCCGCCACUGCCAUGAAGACCGCGAUUCCCAAGAAGUUCAGUGUUCCUGGACUUCCCGAUUUGAACGGCAGUCAGAUCAAUGCCGUGAAGAGCGUCCUGCAACGACCCCUGAGUCUGAUCCAAGGUCCUCCUGGAACUGGUAAGACUGUGACUUCGGCUACGAUCAUUUACCAUCUUGCCAAGCUCAAUGGUGGUCAGAUCUUGGUUUGCGCUCCAUCUAACGUUGCGGUUGAUCAGCUCUGUGAGCGUAUCCAUCGGACUGGCCUGAAGACGGUCCGAGUGACUGCCAAGUCUCGAGAGGAUGUGGAAUCCCCCGUUGGAUUCCUGUCUUUGCAUGAGCAAGUGCGCAUGAAUGACAGCAACAUAGAACUAGUCAAGCUCAAUCAGCUGAAGGCUGAACUUGGCGAACUAUCCAGCCAGGACGAGAAGCGCUUGAAGCAGCUGACACGUGCAGCUGAGCGCGAGAUCCUGGGCAACGCGGAUGUCAUCUGCUGCACUUGUGUCGGUGCUGGUGAUCCUCGUCUUGCCAAGUUCAAGUUCCGAACCGUUCUCAUUGACGAGUCCACCCAGUCCGCCGAGCCGGAGUGCAUGAUUCCCUUGGUUCUUGGUUGUAAGCAGGUCGUGCUGGUUGGUGAUCACCAGCAGCUUGGACCUGUCAUCAUGAACAAGAAGGCCGCCAAGGCUGGCUUGAACCAGUCUCUUUUCGAACGCUUGGUCAUUCUGGGCUGCUCCCCAAUCCGUCUUAACGUUCAGUACCGUAUGCACCCUUGUCUUUCUGAAUUCCCAUCGAACAUGUUCUACGAGGGAUCCUUGCAGAAUGGUAUCACCAUUGCAGACCGCCUUCGCCGCGACGUUGACUUCCCAUGGCCCAUGAUUGACGAUCCCAUGAUGUUUUGGUCUAACCUAGGUAACGAGGAAAUUUCGGCUUCUGGUACCUCGUACCUGAACCGCACCGAGGCUACUAACGUCGAGAAGAUCAUCACGCGAUUCUUCAAGGCGGGCGUGCAGCCCGGGGGUAUCGGUAUCAUUACGCCUUACGAGGGUCAACGAAGCUACAUUGUUAGCUCCAUGCAGGCCAAUGGAACCUUCAAGAAAGAGCAUUACAAGGAAAUUGAAGUGGCGUCCGUGGAUGCGUUCCAGGGUCGUGAGAAGGACUACAUUAUUCUCUCCUGUGUCCGUUCCAACGACCACCAGGGUAUCGGUUUCUUGAGUGACCCACGUCGUCUUAACGUCGCUCUUACCCGCGCUCGCUACGGUCUUGUCAUUCUUGGCAACCCGAAGGUGCUUUCUAAGCACCCUUUGUGGAACUGCCUUCUUCAGCACUUCAAAGAGAAGCACUGCCUUGUGGAAGGUCCCUUGUCCAACUUGCAGGAGUCUCUUAUUCAGUUUAGCCGGCCCAAGCAGGCUUACCGAGGCCCGCAGCGUUUCCAGAUGUCCUUUAACCAGGCAUCCAAUGCCAACAAUGGCUCUGUGAACGGCCGCAAUGGUCACCCUCGUGAUUUUGACGCGGGCUCUAUCGUAGGCUACAUUCCUGAUGACGUUUCUUCUGUCCACUCCUCUGCUCUUGGUGGAGGAGUCGGCAUUCCCUCUGGAUACCCGCCUAUGUUCCAGAGCUUCCAAGAUGGCUGGCCCUCUAUGCCCGGCGGUCGCCGUGCCAAUGGCAAUCGGGCGAAGGGUGCGCCAAGUGUUGCUGGCGAAUCCGUCGCCGCUACCGAGUCCGAUGUCACUGGAAGCAUCAUUGAUGGCCGCAGCGUUGACCAAGGUGGUGUGAGUCUCACUGGCCUCAGUAUCAAUGACAUGAGCAAGCAAGCCAGUCUCAGCCAAUCCGAUCGCCUCAAGCGCUACGUGGAGUCUGGUGGCCGCGAGCCGUACCGCACUGGCGUUCCCGACAACGGCAGUAUCUUCGGAGGAAGCUCCGCCAGCAUUCGCGUGACUCGUGGUGUCCCUGGUCAGCACCUGCAGGAUGACGAUGACGCCCGCAGUGUUUCCACUGCAUUCGCUAGCCAGGUCGGCGGCAACUACGAUUGA